CCCCCCGCCCGGGGGUGCGGGCCGGGCCGCGGCCCCGCCGCGGGGCGGCCGACCGGGGGCGGCGGGGGCAGGGAGCCGCCGAGCGCAAAUUCCUCCGCGCAGCGCGCCAUUGACUGGACCCAGCAACUUAUUUAAGGCUGGAAAGUGACACAGGGGCUCCUCGCCGCCGCUCGCCGCACUCCGCCGGGCAGCCUCGGCUGCACCGAGCCCAGCGCUGCGCCGCGGGGAUGCCGCCGAGGUGACCGCCGCUCGCCUGGCCCGGCCGCCGGAGAGGGAGCUGCGUCCCGCCGCUGCCCUGCCAGGACCGCGGGAAGGGGCUUUCUCUUGGGGUGUUUUUUAAAUUUUUUUGGCUUUUUUUUUUUUCUUUCUCUGCUCCCGACUGCGCUUUCACAGAGAGUUCGCCGUCCUCCACCCUCCCCCCCCCCGCCCCCCAACCUUCCCCCGCCGCCGUGGUCCGGCCGAGCAUGGAGAAGUACGAGGAGGACAUGGCACUGAAGGCCACCAAGUUCAUGGAGGAUCUGUCCCUCUACGAGCCCUGCCCAGAGGCUCUGUACGGACGGGGCGGCCGCCGGGACCUGCCGCUGCACCCCGAUCUGGAGGAGACUAAGCGGGUCAUCGCCGCCCACAUGUCGGCGGAGCAGCGGGGCCGGAAGAUGAACGGCACCGCCGCCCCGCCGCCCGCCGAAGCCUUCCCCGCCGCCGCCGCCCCCUGCGGCAAAGCCUACCCGCCGGCCGCCCCGCUCCGCGGCGCCGCCGCCGAGCCGCCCUGCUGCGAGGAGGGGCUGUGCACCCGUUCCGAGGUGGCUCUGCCGUGCUACAGCGGCUUCGCCGACAAGGGCAAGCGCUACUCGGCCGAGGGCUACCGCUACGCCGCGGGCAGCCCCUACGAGGGCGGCUACGUGGCCAAGGGCGGCGGGCGGGCGCCCGGCGGAGCGGACAGCAAGUACGGCCCCGCCGCCGCCAGCCCCCGGGCCAGCCUGGCCGCCGCCUCGCCGGGCCCCGCCGCCGCCGCCGAGCACGGCAAGUUCUCCAGCCCCCGCUCCAGCCUGGGGGGAGCACCCGCGCUGCCCUACGAGAAGUUUUCCAGCCCCCGCUCCAGCCUGGUGGUGCCCGGGCAGGAGAAGUACGGCAGCCCCCGCGCCAGCCUGGUGCAGUACGACGGGACGGCCCUCAGCCCCCGCUCCAGCUACGCCAGCACGGCCAGCGACACCAGCAAGCACUCCAGUCCCCGCGCCAGCCUCACCGGCUACGACGGCGGCGGCAGCAAGCCCAGCAGCAACCGCACCAGCGGCAUCAGCAUGGGCUACGACCAGCGCCACGCCAGCCCCCGCUCCAGCACCGCUAGCCAGUACUCCUGCACCACCAGCCCCCGCUCCAGCUACUCGGACUCCAGGUACGGCCCGCCGGGCGGCGCCGAGCCCGAGGGGGCGGCUGGCGGCGGGAUGGCUCUGGCCAGCCCCCGCUCCAGCCUCUGCGGCCCGGCGGCGGCGGCCGUGGUCAGCCCCCGCUCCAGCAUCUCUAGCCAGAGCUCCCGCAGCUCCCGCGGCUCCAUGAGCGCCUACCCCGAGCUGCAGCUGCCCUCGCCCCGCUCCUCCCUCCUGGGGCCCGGCCUGCAGGAGGACGGCGCCCUGCCCGAGGACGUCUACCACAAGAUCCAUGCCCAGUCCCCGCCGCGACACGACCAGCAGCACCCGGCCACCACCGCCGCUGCCGCCCCCCCCGAGGCGGCCCCCCCCUACGCCUACAGCCCCACCAAAGGCUCCGCUUCGGCCCCCAAAUUCAAGCUCCCCUACCAGGUGACGCCGUGCCGGGAGAGCGGCCCCAGCCAGGCGGAGAGGCGGCUGGAGGCGCUGACGCUGGAGCUGGAGAAGGAACUGGAGAUGCACAUGAAGAAGGAGUACUUCGGUAUUUGUAUAAAAUGUGGAAAAGGUGUGUAUGGAGCGAGCCAGGCUUGCCAAGCAAUGGGUAACCUCUACCAUACCAACUGCUUCACAUGCUGCUCUUGUGGGAGAAGACUACGAGGAAAAGCGUUCUACAAUGUCAAUGGCAAGGUGUACUGUGAAGAAGACUUCCUAUAUUCAGGUUUUCAGCAAACAGCAGACAAGUGCUUUGUUUGUGGACACCUCAUAAUGGAAAUGAUCUUACAGGCCCUUGGAAAGUCGUACCAUCCUGGCUGCUUCCGCUGCGUGGUGUGUAACGAGUGUUUGGAUGGAGUCCCCUUCACUGUAGAUGUGGAGAACAAUAUUUACUGUGUCAAAGACUACCAUACGGUUUUUGCACCAAAAUGCGCUUCCUGUAACCAGCCAAUCCUACCAGCACAGGGCUCUGAGGAGACCAUUCGGGUAGUGUCAAUGGACAAAGACUACCACGUGGAGUGCUAUCACUGCGAGGAUUGUGGCUUGCAGCUCAAUGAUGAGGAAGGCCAUCGUUGUUACCCGUUAGAGGGCCACUUGCUCUGCCACGGCUGUCAUAUCAGGCGCCUUAAUAUUAAACUGCCGUCACAUCCACCUCCAAGCUAUCCAAUGCAUGUCACAGAACUCUGAAAGACAUUUCCGUUACCAAUAAGCCGUUUAAAAGAGAAGACAAAAAAAAAAUCUAAAAAUUACUUUCCUGUUCCUUUAAAGAUGAGAUUCCAGUAAUAACCAUCUAAACCAGCUAUUUAUUUUUUAAAUCAGAGGUGAGGGGUCCUUUUCUGAUCUUGUACAUAUGCGUUCUUUUAUCUAGACAUUCUCACUGAGACACCGUCUACUUGAACAAAUAAUUCACCACUAAACUGUAACUGUAAAUGGCAGCAUUUCUAAAAACAAUGGUACAAAGGGCUGUUCUGCACUCCCUACUCACUGCCCUUCAGUGGACAUUUCACCCAAGUCAGGAGUGUAGAAUUACUUCCCAAAACUUAGCACCUUAUCGUAUUGCAGCAAGCAUGAUAAGAUAAAUGCUAGCAUUUUAGCUAGUUUUGUUGAAUUCUGGUCUUAGAGAAUACAGUCGCACAUUUUUUAAAACUUAGAUUCCCAGAAGUAGUGAACAGGAAGCAAACAAGUGUUUUUAGCAAUGACAGUUUUCAGCAUGGGUUAAAUAGUGGCAUUCUGUGCAGAAGCGCCGGGCCAGCUUUCCAGCCUAUGAGGUUCCAGAGUCAUCCAAAGACCAUUUAGCUUGUUAAAGAAAUAGGGCAAGCAUCUCAUAUAAAAGCCACGUUACAGAGGAAAAGAUCUAAAAGGUUGUCACAUGCAGCACGUGCAUAGCUGAAGAAGGUUACAGAGCUCCGUAAUUGCUUGCCGUGUACAAGUGUAGCCAUGGUUUCAAAAUGCGUUCGUAUCAACUUGAUGAUUUGGCACUUACUAAAGAAUUCAUCUUUUAAACCUGUUUUGUGUUUAAUAGGGUUAGCAGCCCCUUUCUAUGCAAAGGUACACUUGUCUUUAUACUACUUGUUUUAUACAAGACUUUGUUUGUUACCAACUGCUUUAUGAUUGUAUGUUGAUACAUUAUUAAAAAAAGAGGGGGACAGUUGUUUUUGUAUUAUCUUUUCAGCUCUGUGUUCUUUUCUAGAUGUACUUUUGAACUGAUUACGGUGAUUGUCUUCAUUGGAAAACAAAGUACAAAAUAAUUGAGAGUCAGACCAUUGAAACAUUGGUAUUUUAUAACAAGUAUUAGAUGUACAUAGAAUGUACACAGGCUCAUAUUUUGCAUAAGCUUUUACAGUAACCUCAGAGCUCUGGGGAAAUAUAUGUCUUCCAUAUAGGAAGUUAGAUGAAUCUUUUUUAUGGUUUGUUUUCUACCAUGUGUUGAUGAUUUACAUGCAAAUCACACAUCUGUAUGUUUAAAAAAUUCCUUGCAUUCACAUGAGAAUUGAUCCAGCCUUCCUGAAUUUAUAUUUUAAAUAAAUCCAUCGUUACUGUCUUUAACUGUAUCCAAAAUUACAAUAAAAUAAAAUUCUUCUGCUCCAGAGGAAGCGGCAAUACCAGACCAGAUUCUCCACAUGUGUAAAUUGGGACGUGUCCAUGCCAGUUGUCAACACGUCAAGAACCUGACGGAUCCAUUCGGAAAUGAUCCCGUGUUAAAUUCAGCACCACAGACUGAUGAAAUGACUUAUUUGGCAGCACCAUUACAGUUUACUUUCUUAUGCUCCACUGAUUUUUUCAAAGCCAUUUGUGGUGCUCUUGAAAAGUACAAAGAGCAUGCAAUGGACACUAAUUCCUAAGUGGAAUAAUUAACUCUCUUAACAGAACUUCUUGAUAGUCUGGAAUUUCCUUAUGGGGGAAGGGGGGGGUGGGCAGGAAAAAUUCCUGUGAACUGUUUUUUUUCUGUUAGGAAGGAACAAAAGGUAUGUUUCCCGAACUUUUGCCAGACUUCCAUUGGCCUAGAUUAACCUGUCCUACCGAACGCUCCUUGGCAAGUCAGAUGCUCCUUUAAAAAGUCAUUUCCUAAUAAAUAUAUACAAGUUUAUAAUUAACAUAUUGAACGUGAUAGCCAUGGUUUGAAAGAAUCACAGUGCACUAGUGCCCUGCUUCUACAGUGUGACUGGCGAGGCCUGGCCUGCAGAAGCCACCACCGUGGGUGCACACGCGCUUGGUCUGCAUUUGCAAACAUUACCUCUGUGUCCACAGUCACCAGCACGGCCUCGGAAAGAAGUGGAAAUACAUCUGCCUCUUGCCCUAACAGCAAAUGCUAGAAAAGGGAAAAAAACUGUCUUAAAUUGGAUUGUAUGAUUAGGUCAGUUCCCUAAGGUUAGUACAAACGUGGAAGAUAGCAUGGAAGAUAAACUUUUAGCAUCAGCUGCAAUGUACUGCUUCUGCCAUUCAAGGAACCUGCUUUGGACCACAUUUAGCUUUGAGGCUUUUUUUACUUGCUUGUCUUUACAAUAUAUAUUAAGGAACCCAAAUUAAGAAAACACACAUUAAAAUACACUUGCCUCUUCCAGUGGCAAGUUUAAGUUUCCACUCCAACAUACUUUCCAAGGGACAGCACAAUAUUGAACAUGUACAUACCAUACCUUUUCUUUUUGAAACCAAUCAUACUGUAGAACAGAAUAAUAUUUACUUUCAUUUUACAUGUUAAUUUGUCACUCUUGUAGUUCUACACAGUUCCAAUGUGUUAAGUAUCAUCACAGCAAAACUAGUGAAAGCCAGUAUUUCAAUAUAGCGUAAGCAAUUUGUUUAAAACCAGAAAGCAGCAGUUGUUGUUCCAGUAUUUUCUGUAGGCAGGUACAUUCCAUUACUGUAUAAUGAAGCACAGCUUUGCUUUUCCAGCAUUUAGUAUAAAAACUGGAGCUUAAGUGAAAGUUGCCAGGGUUUGGUUUGGUUUUGUUGGUUUUUUUUCAAUCAAAGAGAAAAAAAAAAGCAAAUCUAAAAUAAUGAUGUGCUGUACUCCUCAGUGCCAGUGAAAGUUUCUACACAUUUUUACCUUCUGUCUGUGGACUUAUGUAAAUGAGAAAGCUUCUUCUAACGAGUUUCUUAAGGAGUAUUCUUAUGUUAAAUCAGUUCAACGCAGAUGUAAACUUUCUAGAGUUCAUUUUAUGAUGUGACUGUUCUUCAGAAGCCUUUGCUAUACUUUCAGACUAUUUGUGUAAAGUUAAAACAAUAUCAACUUGUUCUCGUUCGCAUCAGGCCUGCACGUUCCCAGUUUGGUGAGGACUGGUGCAAAGUCCCUCCAGCACAGAGCUGGUGUGGGCGAGUCACCCUCCCUCCUGCGCUGGAGGAGGUGUUCCAAAGAGGGGACCAAAAUAAUAAUUUGAAAAACAAAACAAAAGAAUGCACUCAGAUAAUUGAGCUUUCAAAGGGGGUUUGUUUGGGUUUCUUUCCUUUUCCUUUCACUUGUGUGCACAUGUGUGUAUAUAUAUUUUGUAAGGUGGAGCUUCAAAAGAAAAACAUGGUUAGAGGAGCUCUUUAAGACCAGAAAUUCCAGAGUAGUUAAGUAAACCAAAGCUCUAAAGGAGACAAAAGCUGCUUUCUUGUGUUUCAAGAAAAGUUUAAAAGUUUGUGAUUCAUCCUGUAACUAAUGCCGUAACUAGAGUAUAUAAUUUGACUUAAAUUAAGUUUUCAUUUGAGAAAUAUUUUCAUUUUCUUUAAAAGAAUAUAGUUUUCUUCCAAGAACUUGGACCAACGUUGAUUUUUAUUUUGUAGGAAAUAUAUAAAUUCCCAGUUUGUAUAUCAUGUAACUAGUUUACAUGCUGAAAAUAUACAUUAGUUUAACUAUUUUUGUAUAUAUAUCCUUGUAAAACCUUUCAAUGUGCUUCUGUCUUUUAGUCUUUAGAACUACUUGUGGUUUUGUGUUUCAGUGUUUGAUUCCCUUGAUUGUUGAAGAAAAAAUUGGGAAAUGUAGAUUUAUUUAUCUAAAGAGGAAGCUACUUGCUAUCAUCCUAAGUUAUUUAAUAUUAAAGUCAGAAGUUUCAUUUAACCUUAGAUGCUAUAAUCUGCUUUUUUCAAU